AGGCAACUUUACCAACUGUCUUCCCCACCUUUCAAUAUUAUUUAUUUCGGUCCAUGUCAAAAUCGUAGUUUAUUUUGUCCACCGAUCGUAAUAAAAAUACAAUAAUAAAUAAAGUUAACACACAUGUGUUAUAUAAAGCGCAUUCACUCAAAGUGAAAACACACGAAAAUGAACGCAAAACGAUUCGCGCCUAUGCUGGCAAAGCUGCCAAUGUACUCGACAAAAACAUUUUACUGCAACUGCAUACGUAACCUCCAGAUAUACCCGACUCGAUUAUCGAGUAGCAAUACAUUUCCGAUCAAAAUCGAGAAACCCGUGAAAGUCGACGUUCCUCCGCCAAUUACAUCACAGGUGGCGCCAUCUGAAGAGCAACCGGCUACAAGUUUAGUUCAAAAAGUAUCAGAAUUUGAUGAGGCGUCAUCAGUAUCGCAAUUGCUAAAAUGCGGACGCGCAUCUCCAAUAAAAUCUCUCGAAGGACGACGCGACAACCAACAAAAUGUCUGGUCACAAAUCCUGAAAAACAAAUCAUCUCUAAGUAUAAACAUCUUCAACACGUACAUUCAAGUCUGCAUCGACAACGAGCUCCCCAUCGACUAUAAAACCUUUCUGCAGUUAACUCAAUCAGCAAAACCAAAUCAAGAAACUUAUCUACUUCUUUUAAAAUUAGCAUCACGUCUUGGUGAUGUGAAUGAAGCAGUAGAAAUCCUGACGGAAAUGAAAGCGCAAGGUAUAGCUGCUGAUGAAAAUGUCUUCAACGCCUUGAUAGUAGGCUACACACUACACAAAGGACUCGAAGGAGCUAAUUAUGUGCUGGGGACAAUGAAACUUGCGCAUAUUCCUAUCACAAGCAAGACAAACUGGUCUAUUUUAGACGGUUUAGUCCGUCAUGGAAAACGCAAUGAAUUUCGGCAGUUUUUGGAGAUUAUACCAAAGCUAUCACAGAAUGAUGAUGAAUAUUUAGAAGUGAUGUACUCGCUAGGUUCGAGAGGGCAGCACUUGUGGCUUGAGGAUAUUCUCGGUGAUUUUGAUUGGGACGGUAUGGAGCGUUCGUUUACAACUGGCGUUCAUGCGAUUUGUUUAGAUUUAGUACAUCGUGCUCAACCGGAAGCCGCUGUGUUUUACUACAAUACCUUCUUGGAUCCUUUACCUGAGCAGCCGUAUGGAAAACGCCUGCUAACUGAGAUGCUCACUUGUCAAAUUCCUAUUGAAGAGGUGCUGAACGCAGCUAGAAAGUUACAGGCGAAGAAUGCGCAUGUCCUGUUCGACUUGGCGUCCAUUACACUGCAGAAACAGCUCGUUGAGGAUAGUUAUAAAACAUUUGCGUGUUUACCCUUCCUGAGGCCUCACUUUUUCUGGCCGAUUAUACAAGUUGAAGGGCGACAGAAAGGAGAAUUCGGUGUUUUUGGUGUACUAAAGAAAAUGCAGGAAUUCAAUGUUAAACCAGAUUAUACAACAAUGGAGGACUUUGUUUUGAGAUAUUUUAAUAUGACUGAUGCGAAUGCUACUCUUGAGAGUGUCACACAAGUGUCGAAUAUCAUGCAUCGGGAUGUUUUGUCUCCGAUGAUUGCUGUUUUACUAAAAGAAAAACGCGUUGAUGAAGCGAAAGCAUUAUGUGAAAGCAGUCAUAAAAUACCACUUCUCGGCGAUCAAUUAAUUCGACACGUGUCUAACGCUUGGCUACAAACGAAAAGUCUUGAUGUGGUGCCGAUUUUACAAAAAAUAUGCGAAACCAACACUCCGUCUGUUGACUGGACAGGAAUUAUACUUGAUCGCUGUCUUCGUGCUUGUCGCUCAGCAGAGGAUUGCACUAAGCUGUCACAACUUAUUCGUCAACUUGAUGCAAACAAGUUGAAAAUUACUUCGACAUUUUACGAUCACAUGUUGAAUUUACUCGACACGAAGACUGAACUAAAACAAUUUAAAGUUGAGUUAGAACCGCAACUAGAGAAGAUUUUAGACAUUUCACGUCAGGAUGCGAAUAGGAUAACGCACCCGAAGGAUAUGAAAGUAGAUGAACUUGAAAGUCAUCUUAUAGAACUAGAAUCUAAGCAGAUGGAGACACGUGGUGUGAUUAGGAAGUUAAUAAUGACGCAUGCAAAGUUAGGCAAUCAUCAACGCGUGCAGGAAUUAAGGGAACAUAUGAAGGAGCGUGGUUAUGAGGAGUCUGCGGGCAUGAGAAGCUCUUUGUUUCAUUCUUUAGCGCAGAGUGGAGAUAUAAAAUUUGCUAAGGCAAUGUACGAAGAGUUGAAGGCUGCCUAUCCGAGUUUUAGGAUUGAUACGUUUAAAAUCGUUGAUUUCGCUACUCUACUGGUCAAAAACGACUGCGUGGAUGAAGCUAUUUCUAUUUUGACUAAAGAAACAAAGCCAACAAAGUUAGAUGAUUCCAUGGAUAGAAACUGCUGGAAUUUACUCGGCGCAGCGAAGAAACCCGAAGAUGCCUUCAAAUUGUUCCAACUAUUGGUUGAUAGGAACUAUUGUCGACCUACAAAUGUGAUUCUUGGGCCUAUUUUACGACCAUUUGUUAAUCCUGAAACAGUUGAUAAACUAGUCAGUACCUUUUUGAAUUGCGUCAAACAGUACAAAGCCACACCUCUCCAAUUGGAAGUACUUUGCGUUGUACUUGAAUCUAAGAACGAGAAACUCCUUCAGAAGGUUAUCAACGGCAUUAGCAGCGUGCAUGGCUCGGCGGCGGCAAGAAUGGGUCUCAUUGCUGCUCUAGCUGAGAAAGGACUUGAAAAACCUAUUCUAAAGUUACUUUCAGAAUCAAACAAGUUAAAACUUUCUGAUUUAACUAAUCGUAUUCGUCGAUGGGUGCACGAAGAUAAACUCCUCCCGUUGAAGACCCUAGAAGCAGCCAAUCGCCGCUUAUCUAUCCCCGUAAUUGACACCACGUUGACAUCGAGCGCCAUCAUGAAGAUUUACAUCAAUCGCUGUGAUCUUCCCAAUGCUUUAGAGUUUUGGCGUCAAGUAGAAGAAAACGAAUCACGAAUUAGCCCCGAUUGCGCCCGAGACUUGAUUCGUCUACUCGAGAGAAACAAUUACAAUGUGCCGGAUUCGUUGCGAAACGCGCGCUAACCUUAAACGAAGGGAACUUUGUGUGAUUGCUGGACAAAGAGUUAAAUUUAUACAGUAAUCUUCUGUGAGAAGUAAUAAAUUUCUGUUCCUCGUCAA